AUGUCUCCUGUAGGGGUCGGUGGUGAGAGCGGUGAUGUACAGUGGUGCUUUUCGCAAGUCAAAGGAGCGAUAGAUGACGACGUCGCCGAAGCUGAUAUCAUAUCGACUGUUGAGUUCAACCACUCUGGGGAGCUGCUAGCCACUGGAGACAAAGGAGGUCGUGUUGUCAUCUUUCAACAGGAGCCAGAGAGUAAGAAUCAGCCGCAGUGCCGUGGAGAAUACAACGUUUACAGCACCUUUCAGAGCCAUGAGCCCGAGUUUGACUACCUGAAGAGUCUUGAGAUUGAGGAGAAGAUCAACAAGAUUCGAUGGUUGCCCCAGAAAAAUGCUGCUCACUUCCUGUUAUCAACAAAUGAUAAAACCAUCAAGCUGUGGAAAAUUAGUGAGCGAGACAAAAGACCCGAAGGUUACAAUUUGAAGGAAGAUGAUGGUCGUUACAGAGAUCCAAAUACAGUUACAACGCUACGGGUGCCAGUAUUCAUGCCCAUGGACCUGAUGGUAGAGGCCAGCCCCCGGAGAGUGUUUGCCAACGCUCACACCUACCACAUCAACUCCAUAUCCGUCAACAGUGAUUGUGAAACCUACUUGUCCUCAGACGACCUUCGCAUCAACCUGUGGCACUUGGAGAUCACCGAUCGCAGCUUUAAUAUUGUUGACAUUAAGCCAGCUAACAUGGAGGAAUUGACCGAAGUGAUCACAGCAGCAGAGUUUCAUCCAAACCAGUGCAACACAUUUGUGUACAGCAGUAGUAAAGGAACCAUCCGAUUGUGUGACAUGAGGGCAUCAGCACUGUGCGACCACCAUGCCAAAUUAUUUGAAGAGCCAGAGGAUCCAAACAAUCGUUCCUUUUUCUCGGAAAUCACUUCUUCCAUCUCUGAUGUGAAGUUCAGCCACAGUGGGCGAUACAUGAUGACCCGCGACUACCUGUCUGUUAAAAUCUGGGACCUCAAUAUGGAGACUCGUCCAGUGGAAACCUAUCAGGUGCAUGAAUAUCUCAGGAGCAAGUUGUGUUCUCUCUAUGAGAACGAUUGCAUCUUUGACAAAUUUGAGUGCUGUUGGAAUGGGAACGACAGCGUUGUCAUGACGGGUUCCUACAACAACUUCUUCAGGAUGUUUGACCGAGGCUACAGGCAGGAUGUGACCCUGGAAGCGUCACGGGAGAACAGCAAACCGCAGUCCAUACUUAAACCUCGCAAAGUAAGCUCGGGUGGGAAGCGCAAACAGGAUGAGAUUAGUGUAGAUAGUCUGGACUUUAACAAGAAGAUCCUCCACACUGCCUGGCAUCCCAUGGACAACAUCAUUGCUGUUGCCACCACCAAUAAUCUGUACAUAUUCCAGGACAAACUCGACUAGCAUUUCAUAAACAUUUCUGCCCCAGUUACACAGAAAAAACAAAAUGUGUCGAAAUGCUCAAUUGUGUCUUAGACCUUGAGUGUGAUUAUCACAUUAGCACAUUUUCAAUGGUUAAUACAAGAACCUACAGGCUUUGUAUGUCUUGUUGCAGACUUUGGGAUUCAGGGGCUUACAUGGGUUUCCCUGUAACAGAAGCACUUGUUCCUCCAGUUACUUGUUGCAACUCCACUACAUCCCAGACCAAAGGGAAGAUGUGUUUAAAAACAUUUUUUAUGUAUUCUUUGGUGCCAUUGUGACAUUACUUUUUUUUGGUAGCUACAGAUGGUUUAUACAUUUGUGUAGCUGUCAUGUUUUAUUAGUUUUAAUAGGAAAUAUUUUCAAUUGUUAAGACAUCUUCUUUGCACUGGCAUUACUGAUCCAGCACUACUGAUCCAAGUGGUUAACUCUUAUUUGCCCUGAAGUUUUGUUCUUGGCAAAUUUUUCUGGCAAAUUCACAAUGCACUCCUCCCAUAAUGAAUUAUGUUCUUAAAGGGCCAUUCUAGCAUUUAGCCUGUUAACCUCAUUCCCAAAGGUGUACCGUUAUUACCAACCCUAUUCUGCUGCAUACUAAUAUGCACUUGCUUAAAUUGUUACCCGAGGGCUGACAGAGGUUUACAUUGAUUUUUAUCUGUCAGGUAGCUAGUAGACACUCAAAUUACUUCUAGUACAUACAUUUUUGAGUCACUGACAGUAAUUUCAUUCUUUACUUGGUCAAUUUGAUGUAAUAGCUUAUAUGUUUGAGGAGUUUAUUUCAUCAUGAUGUGUUUUCAUGAGACAAAAAAGUGCAUGUUGUUUAAAACAUUUCCCCUCAGCUGCAUUGCCAAAAAUCAUUGAGACAGUUAUCAGUGUAUAUAGAAAUGGCUGUAUUUUGGAAAAUGGUGAGAAAAUAGUCUGGGUGCUAUUCUGUUGAACAACAAUAAAAAUAAUUGUUUGACAGGACUGCAUAUACAAGUGCCGGAGGCUAUUGUGGUUAUGGGAAUGAGUAAUGCCAAAGUAACCAGUACCUUACCCUUGUAAAUUAUAAUCCAUGGAUUUAGUCCCCUGGUCAGACUGCAUGAAUGCAUGGACCACCAUUAACUACUCAGGAAAAAAGCCUGGUGUUCUGAACAUGAAGGGGUAAAAUGUGGCCUAAAUCUCUCCUGUUGUGGGAUGUCAAAGUUGUGCGUUGCUGCCGCCAUCUUCCACGUUUUGUUGCAGACUGAUGGCUUUACCCUUUGGAUCUACUUUCUUUUUCUGUUUUUAAAGAUGUCUUCUACUGUACCUCUAAAAGAGAUCAAUAGCCACUAGCUGAUUUAUUUUUGUAUAAGUUAUGGCAAUAGUUACAGUCUGAUCACUGAUGUUUAUUGAGCUGUCUGGAUGAUUGUAGAUGGAAGUUGAUCUGAAGCAUGUCAUUUCUGAUUUGGGAUGUCCAAAGAAGAAUAUUUUCAACAUUUAGCCGACUGUGACUUUUUCUGUCAAUGCAUUCAAAGCACUCACAGACUACCACUUACUGUACAUUCUCUCUGAAAAUUAUUUCAAGGGUGAAUUUGUGAAGCACUCUGAGAAACCACUUAUUAUUCCUGUCUGCUAUGUUAUUCCUCUCUCAUAACGCCAAUUUUCUCCAGCAAAUGGGCAGAAUGUCUCCACUUUUUUCUUUUCUUCUCUUCCUACUACUGUUUUAGGGCCGAUCAAGCCAUUCAUUGUAUUAGGAUUCUGAAUCCCAGAAAAUGUUUCAUCAGUUCGACUUAUAAUGACUGUCAUUCCAACAGAAUAGGGUGGUGCUGAUGCUUUCUCAGGAUUUUGAAUGUCCUCCAGUAAUGUGUCAUGUUCACAAUGGAUUUUUUGGUUUGUAUGAUUUGCAACCUCCCAGGGAAAUUCAGCAGUAUCACAGUUGGACAGCAUCAAACAGUUUGUCCUUGUGUCAUUAAACAGCACAACCCAGUUACAGCCAUAUCCCACCUCUGCUGAUUUCUGUGUAAAAAGCAAAGGUGGCUUAAUACCGCCUCUUCUGUUUGUCCACAGACACGAAUGGUCUCAAAGAUAUUACUUUUGAAGAAAAUGUCCUGAAAGGGGGAUUAUUAAAAUAUGUAUCAUUUAGUCACUGUUGUGACUUAUAACAGU